AUGCAAAAGUACAUGUACCCGUUAAAGACCGACUCGGUACCCUUUUGGGCUGUUCCUGUGUACGCGCUUGGGUUUCCAUUGCUGGCGAUUGUCGUGUCAUUCAUCCUGCGCCGCGACUUCGUGGACUUCCACAGCUCACUCCUCGGUUUCGUCUUCUCGUCUGCGACCACCUUCCUGCUCACCAACGCGAUCAAGGUCUCCAUCGGCCGGCCCCGACCACACUUCUUCAUCGUCUGCUUCCCUUCGGGCGUUCCUGUGUACGGCAGUGAUGGCAAUGCACAGUGCAACGGCACCUAUUCCAAGGUCAUGGAGUCCAGACUCAGCUUCCCCAGUGGCCACACCUCCAUGUCCUUCGCAGGGUUGACCUAUGCCGCUCUCUUCCUGGCAGCAAAGCUGCAGACCUUCAGCGCAGGAGGGAGGGGACGGCUGUGGCUGCUGGCACCGUCAGCCUGCUGCCUGGCGGGUGCUACCUCUGUGGCCAUCACUCGAGUGGACGACUACUGGCACUUUCCCUUCGACGUGUUCAUUGGAGGGCUGCUAGGUAUGGUGGUUGCAGCAAUCUGCUACUUCCUGCACUACCCUGCAUUGUCCAACCAGAACUGUGAUAUUCCGCUGCUGUCUCUCGGCCCAGAUGCGGAAACUUUCGCUGGAGCGAUCGCCUUUAAUUUCAUCGAGCCGUUUCCUAGAUUCGUAGAUUCCGAGGAUAUGGAAGUGUUGAUGUACCCGUUACUGGACAACACCAUCCCGUCAUGGGCUGUCCCGGUGAUCGCUCUGGGUCCGCCUGCCAUUGCGUUCCUCGUUCACUACUCCAUCCGGAGGGAUUUGGUGGACAUCCACCACUCCGUGCUAGGCCUGCUCUUCGCCUUCUUCUCCACCAUUCUCAUCACCGAUGCUCUCAAGGUCUCCGUCGGCCGCCCCCGCCCCGACUUCUUCAUCAGAUGCUUCCCCUCGGGGGUCCCUGUGUACAGCAGCAGUGGCAACGCGUUGUGUAACGGCAUCCCGUCCGUUGUGAGCGAAGGAAGAAAGAGCUUCCCGAGCGGACAUGCAUCGGUGUCCUUUUCAGGCCUGGCGUAUCUCUCUUUCUUUCUAGCAGCCAAGCUCCAUUCCCUCUCCUCCUCCGCCACUCACCUCUGGCGCCUGCUGCCCCCUGCGCUGCCGCUGGUGGGAGGAAUGGCUGUCGGAAUCACACGAAUCGAUGACUACUGGCACUUCCCCUUUGAUGUUUUUGUGGGCAGCCUCAUCGGCAUCUCAUUUGCUGCAAUUUGCUACUUCAUGCACUACCCAUCUCUGCGCCAUGACUACUGUCAUCUCCCGCGGGAUGAGGUCAGGUCUGAGGUGUCUAGGAGAGCUGUUUUGGAUGACAACAUUGACUCGUCAUCACUCGAUGUGCCCGCCAACGGUGAUGAUGGGUCGUCGCAGGUCUGA